AGAGGACAGCGCUGCCGAGGCGCGGCUGCGGGAGAAAGCCGUGCAGCCGCGCCCAGGGGUGUCCCUGCCGUGUGACAGGCGGACGACGACCUCCCACCACCGGGAAUCUUCUGCGGAAACAGCUGCGGUACAGGGAGGCCCGAGUGUGGCCCGGGCCCAGGAUGGCCAGAGAGUCGGGGGCGAGCGCGGGCCUGGACGCCCGGGCGGCCGAGGAUGGGGCCGGGAUCCUGGCCGUGAAGGCUGAGGAAGAGGAGGUGCCGGGCCCCGAGCGCUCGCGGCAGCGCUUCCGCGGCUUCCGCUACCCCGAGGCAGGGGGUCCCCGCCGCGCGCUGCGCCGGCUCCGCGAGCUCUGCCGGCUGUGGCUGCGGCCCGAGACGCACAGCAAGGAGCAGAUGCUGGAGCUGCUGGUGCUGGAGCAGUUCCUGCGCAUCCUGCCCGCGGGGCUGCGGGCCCGGGUGCGGGGGCGGCGUCCGCAGAGCUGCGAGGAGGCCGUGGCGCUGCUGGAGGAUCUGCAGGGGCCGCUGGCGGAGCCCGAGCCGCAGGGGCUGCUGAAAAUGGGAGUGGCUGUGACGGUCUCCCCAGCAUGGACAGAGCUGGAGUCACCUCAGGAGAACCUGUGCAGAGAUGACUGGCAGGAGGCCUGUGGCACUCUGACCUCCCUGGGUGGUGAAAUACAGACGAAGACCAGAGACUUGCCUCUAGCCGAGGAGCAGACGGAGCAGGGGCCAGGGCAGAUGCGGUGCCACCUGGGUGAAGCCAUUGCCCGGACACCCGCACACUCAGAGGCCGGUGGCCAGGAGGACAGAUCACUGAGAAAGCCGAAAAACAGCAGUGGGAGAAGGCGGCACAUUUGCCACGAGUGUGGAAAGAGCUUUGCCCAGAGUUCAGGCCUGACUAAGCACAGGAGAAUCCACACUGGGGAGAAACCGUACGCGUGUGAAGACUGCGGCAAGUCCUUCAUCGGCAGCUCGGCCCUCGUCAUUCACCAGAGAGUCCACACUGGGGAGAAACCCUAUGCGUGUGAAGAAUGCGGCAGGGUCUUCAGUCACAGCUCCAACCUUAUCAAGCACCAAAGAACACACACUGGGGAGAAGCCCUACGAGUGUGAGGACUGUGGGAAGACCUUUAGCCAGAGCUGCAGCCUCCUUGAGCAUCACAGAAUCCACACCGGGGAGAAGCCGUACCAGUGCGGCGUAUGUAGCAAAGCCUUCAGGAGGAAUUCCCAUCUCCUGAGACAUCAGAGGAUCCAUGGUGAUGGAGAUGUCCAGGAUCCUGAGCGGAGAGAGAUUCGGGAGAGUCACAGGAAGCUGGUGAGCCAGGAGGGGGAUGUCCAGGCUCCCGUGUCUUAUAAAUGUCGUGAGUGUGAGAGAAGUUUCAUGAGGAACAGAAGCCUUAUUGAGCAUCAGAAAAUCCACACUGGUGAGAAACCCCACGAGUGUGAUGCAUGUGGGAAAGGCUUCACCCGAACUUCAUACCUCGUUCAACAUCAAAGAAGCCACAUUGUGAAAAAAAUUGUGUCCCGGUGACCCGUGUCUUGGGUGCUCAAGUCUCUGCUCCUUCCUUGUUGAAGGGAGCCUCCCUGGAGCCCCUCCUGACCACAGAAACUGUGGGCCGGGGCUUUGUGUACCACACGUCCUCAGGCAGGUGUUAGAUCUUCCACUUUCUAGAGGGUGACUGUUUUUUUUUGCAAAAACCUCGUUUGAAAAGAGGCUCUGGAUUGUUGUUUGGGAGACGCAGGACCUGACACGUUUGUCUCCACCCAUUGGACUUGUGGGGCUUCCAGGCUGGCUCAUCCCCUCCGCUACCACCUCCCCUGGGUCGGUGGUUCUGACUGAGGGGCAGCUGCCGUGCCUACUCGGUCUGCCCGGGUUGGCUCAGUGACGUCCUAUCCCCCCAUGGUGCCUUGCCUGUAGGUGCUACAUGUGAAAUGAUGUUUGCUUCUCUGGAAGUCCGAGGUCUAGAAUUCUGAGGAAUUGCUUACUAUGGUCAUCUGUGUGUGUGUCGACAUCUUUGAGGUUCUAGAUUUGGAGGUCAAUCUAAUGUAUUUACUUCCAAGUACAUAGGAUCAUCAGAGUUGGGUAGGAGGAAUCCAUGUUUCUUCACCAGCAUACUCUUCACUUACAGUCAAGAAUGUCUAAAAGAACUUCUUUAUCAUUAAGACAUUGUGAGGCUGUUCUAGCCACAGAACUCCGUUGUGUAGUCAAUGUCAGUCACCUUAGUUCACAUUAAUUUUGUUGCUCUCUAGGGGGCAACUGUUCAUAAUCAGAUAAAUAAAGAUCAAUUUAUCAAGUCAGAUCAAAACAACUAUGAAUUUGACACAAACUCUAUGAUGUUCAACAGCAUGUUUCUCAGCCUUUGCUUUUCAUGUGCAUAACCAAGUGUCAGGACACUGUCCGCAUCCCUCCCUCCCAAAUAGGAGCCAUCUGUGUGCCACAGCUUAUGGCAGCUGAGCUUAAGCAUCCUCCAGGUCAGAGGAUUCGCACCAAAUAUUUAUAACCAGUAUCAUUCAUGUUUUCAAAACUGUCCUGUGGUUGAGGAGAGGAAGAUGGAUCUGGAGACAGCCAAUGGCAGGACCUGGCUGAGGGCAGCAGAGAAGCACACUGGGAACCGUGACUGCCCAAAUCGAUUCCACAGGAUCCAGGUGCCAAUGUGUGAAGUCAAGACUAUGCUGCGAUUACUCACAGUAAGAAUUUUGUGAUAUCCCUGUUUUUACCCCAAUCACCUUCUGUGAGUUCUUCAAAGACUCCUGUCUUCUCCUAGGUGCCUGAGUGCCUAUCACCUGCUUCCAGCUACAACCAGCUCUGCCAGGCACGGAUUCAGCUUCUGAUGAAACCCUGACCACGUCUUGUUAGGCUGCCUUCCUGGAUUCCUGCUCUGCCGGAGCACAGACUGACCAGGGACUUUGCAAACCACAGGGCUCUCUCUUUGCCAGUCCUACCACCUUUGCCUUCAGUCCCCUUCUGCAGUCCAACUUGAACUGUUACCUCUCACAACCCUAUAGACUUUCCCCAUUUAAUCAUUCCUAGCCUUUAAAAAUUUCCUUUUAAAUUAACUUUUUUUGUUACCUUCACAAAGUAGUCAUUUCCUUUUAACUCCUUAUUUUUCCUAAAUAUUUGCUAAUGGCUUUGAUCUUAAACACUGUUCAUUUUUCUUUGGUGUUUGUUUCUUAUAUCAAGGAAUAUACAAGUAUAACUUACUGAGGUUAACAAAGGACCACUGUGCCUCAUUUUACUCUUUCUGCCCCUUCUAUGCACAAAACACUUCUCUGUAGAGAAGGGAAGUGUUGUAGAAAAAUUUUGAGUACCAGCUUUCCUGACAAUGAAAGGGGUAAAGUGCACGCACAUGCACACCCACACACUCACACUGGAGCUUAGGCUUUCUGUAUGGUCACGGUGCUAAGACACUGUGAGGCAGUAAAUGAGGCAGUGCCGGGACAAAUGACGUGAGUGGUAAACAAUGGCAGGCGAGCUGUGGAAAUUCAGAGGAGGGAAAGAUCACUUCUGGCUCUGAUCUGUGUUUAUUCCAUGGACAGGUGACAUGUUAGCUGAAAAGACUGAAGGAGUUUCUCAAAUUUAGUAAAUAAGGCAAGUUUGAAGAGGUGGGUACAUUGUAGAACCCUUCAGUGCCAGAGCAAGGAGUUUAAAUUUUAUUCAGUAAGCACCCUGACAUUUUAUGAUGAAAAUGUUAUCUAAAAAACUGUCAGUAUUGUGUAAUUCAAAUAAAAUAAUUAAUUUGCUGCUAGUCUUAGA